AUGCAAUGUGAAGCCACUCAGCUGCGUCUCCAGUGGUCCAAGGCUGCAGGAAUAGAUCACGUUCCCCAGCGUUUCCUGGUCACCUGUAGCAGCCCAGGGUCCGAGCCUCAGGCAGUACACACCGCAGACAGCUGCAGAACCCUGACCGACCUGCAGCCGGAGACUCAGUACACUGUCGGAGUCUGUACUGUGUUGAGCAACGGGGAACGAAGUGAACCUGCUUCUGUGACUAUCUACACAAUCAAGCUGACAGUUGUCUCAGUGGACGCCACAUCAGCCACUGUGAGCUGGGAACAGCCAGGUGGAAUAAACCAGACCCAACUCCAGUACCAGAUCUCCUACCAGACUCCAGGAACAGAUGAACACAUCACCACCACCUCCUCACUCAGCAUCACUCUCUCUGACCUGAGACCUGCCUCUAAGUACUCUGUCAGUGUCUGCUCUGUCUUAGAGUGCGGACUGAAGAGUCAACCUGUGUUACAUACUUUCAGCACAAGAUCAUGCCUCAGGGAGAUGCUGUCCAAGACAGGACUGAAAGAACAUUAUGACCACAAGCUUACGUUGAGUACUGUCCUUGAGAUAAACUCAAACACUACUUCAGAUGAGACAAUUACAUCAGUACCAGUGGCAUUUUUAAAGAGUCUUAUGUUGGCAAAUGCAAAUACCAGAGUCGUCAAAUGUUUAACGUCUGGCCAAAGUGUCUCAUGUUCGUCACUAGACAGUCAUGACAAACUGGAAAACAUUGAUGCCUUUAAUCCUGUUGACCUUACAACAGCCAUGUUUCUGUGCUCAGAUAGCUUCCUUCAGCAGGAGAUGGUUCUGAAAAUGUCCAUGUGUCAGUUUGCUGUUCCUCUCCUCUUACCCAACUGUGACACACGACAAAACACCCUGAUGCUUUGGACCUUGAGGGACUUGAUCAAGAAAUUCCCACCCAGAGAGGCAGAGUCAAAUCUCUCAACGGAGGAGAAAGUUGUACAAGCUGAUAUUCCCAUGGUGUCCUUUGUCAGGCUCGGAGAAGAUCGACUGUCCAAAUCCCAGAUUGUUAACAAGUUAAUAAGCAAUCCUCAGCAGUACCAUGACACCUUUGUUCAUGAGGGGAUGGAGUGUGGCGAUGUCCCAAGGAGGAUUUCAGAUGGGUUGGUUGAGGUCAGUUGGUACCUUCCAAGUAAAAACAAUACAGACAUGUUUAGUAAUCCAAUGGCUGUGGCAAAUCUUAGAGGUGACGUUAGAAGUUUGGAAACACAGUUCUCGUUCCUGUGUGAAACGUCUGCAGCUGUUGUCAUUUUCUGUGAUAAUUCAGAGGCUGCCUUGCAUGUUUUGAAAGGCAAACAGCCAAAAGCCGAGUUGCUUCUGGUUGUGAAUUCUAAGACAGAGAAAAUGUUCAUCAAUCCAACAAACGUGAUCGUAAGGAAGAAACACAAUGAUCAAGAAGCUGUGAGAAAGCUACAGGUUUCUAUUGGUAGGGUCAUCGAGAAAAGUUCUAACAACAUGAAAAUGGAAGAGAUGGCCAGUAUAGCUCGACAGUUUGGAAUUGAAGUCGAUGAAGACAAUCCUGAUUGUCAGCAAGCUAAGACCUUGGCUGAAAGAAUCACCAACAAAAUUAUAGACACUGUUAAAUUCAAAGAAGAACAGCUACCAUUUCAAGGAAAAGUCUGGAAAGAGCUUUCUAAGUUAGAGAAAGAGGAAUGUAGACUUCUAAAAGCAGGUGAAACAAACAUUGAGGCGUACAAAAGACAAUUGAGUUCACAAAAAGAACAACUGAGAAAUAAACAACAAAGUCAGGGUAUGUCAGAUGCUAUGAAGAUGUUCGUUCAAGGAAUGUCAAGUCCGGUUGUUCAAAGAUCCUAUUUUUUCAAAUGGCUGCGAAUAUAUUUGGAUGAUCGUUCACGACAGAGUCUAUCGGGUUCAAGAAAACUCUACAAAAACCUUUCCACUGAAAAAAAGGAUGAAAUUGCUGAUUUGGAUAGACAUAUUUCAGAUUGUUCCUUGGGGCUUGAACAUUUCCUUCGCGAGUUAGGCCAGUUGUACGAAUUAGCCUGCUGCCUUCCUGAGAACAGUCCUCAAAGGAAAAACAUGGAAACUCUGCCUCGACUGUGUGCCCAGAUGCUUCUAGAUGGUUUCCCCAUUGAGCUUGUGGAUGGAAACGCAUCAAACAUACCACGGAGGUGGAUAUCAGAUGUGCUAACUUCUCUUCAUGAUCUUGUGGAAACCAAAAGCAGAAUCAAGGUGGUGUCAGUGUUAGGGGUACAAAACACAGGAAAGUCCACCCUGCUAAACACCAUGUUUGGGGUCAAGUUUGCCGUCAGCAGUGGAUUUAACACCAGAGGAGCUUUCAUGCAUCUUAUUAAGGUAGACGCAGAACAGAAGAAGGACUUGGAGUGUGACUUUAUUAUGGUCAUUGACACUGAAGGACUCAAAGACCCAGAACUGGCCCAGCUUUCAGAUAGUCACGAACACGACAACGAGCUGGCGACCCUCGUCAUUGGACUAAGUGAUGUCACCAUCUUUAACAUCAACGUGGUUAACUUUGCAGAGAUGAAGGACAUCCUGCAGAUCGUGGUCCACGCCUUUAUUAGGAUGGAGAACUUGCUGGAAGAAGAGAGGAAGCCCAUCUGCCACUUUGUCCACCAGAAUGUGUCUGCAACAUCAGAUUAUCACGUAAGGGAACAGAAACAAACGUUGUCAGAUUUGGACGAAGUGACGCUGUCCGCAGCCAUGAUGGAGAAUAAGGACGAUCAGGUCACCAGGUUCACGGACGUUAUGGAGUAUGAUACAGACACUAAAGACACCUACAUCCCAGGACUCUGGCAUGGGACUCCCCCGAUGGCUACGGUCAGUUCUGGCUACAGUGAGGCUGUGUACAACUUCAAAAAGAAACUGCUGCAAGAUCUCGCAAAAAGCAGGAAGCAAGGAGAUUUGACAGAUUUCAAUAAGUCCGUUGACAAAUGCUGCAGGACUUGUUGA